GAACAGGCUCUUGGCACUGAAGCACCCUGGGCCUAGGGUGGGAGAACCUAGGGUGGGAGAACCUAGGAUGGGUGUCUGGGCUAAGCUGGGGAUCCCAAUCACCGGCAUCAAAGAACACGGGGGGAACCCAGGCACCAACCUGGGCACAAAGAGAACCUCCCAGGAUGCCCCACACCCUCCCACCUGCAAGAGCAACUCGAACAACAUGCAGACGCCGCCCAACAGCUUGCGGACCUUCUGGGUUUGCAAGGUCCUGCCUGGUUCUACUUCCAGGUAAGACAUGGGGGGGGGGUGUCUCUGGGGAACAGAGGUUCUGGCCUGGGGAGGGCCUGGGGAGAAGAAUCAGCAUUCCAAACCUCUCAAUAUAUUUCUUAAACGGUGGCACCUAGAACACAUGACUCCAGUUGGGGGUCUGACCAAGGCAGGUUAGAGCAGUCAGUACUAUGACUUCCCUUGAUCUGGACCCUAGGCUGCCUAGAACGGAAUUAGCUUCUGUUUUCUUCCUUUUUGGAAAUAAUUUUUAAUUUUAUUUUACAAGUAUAAGAAUAUGACAAUACAAUCAUACUCAUCCAUGUUUAAAGAUUCCUCCGAAUCUCUGGACUUCCCAUCCUCCCCUUCAUGGGUCCUAUUGUCAGCCCUUUCAACUGCAUAUUAUUAUUCAGUUAGUUCAAAUUUUUUAUCACUCCAUUAUCUCCAUAGUAUUUGCUACAUUACAAGUGUUAUUGCAGUCCUGCUAACGUUUUCAUCUGCUUACGGUGGUCUCCAAGAUAAUUCCCCCCCUCCACUCUUUGUUAAAGUUUUGGUCUUCUUGGUUCCUGAGCUUCCCGGUCAGUUUAAAUUACCAUUUUCGGUCCAACAGUUUAAUUUACCAUUCUUCUCUGGUAUGCAUUAGCUUUUUUUUUUUUUUUUUUUUUGCUGACUCAUUCUCCCAGUCCACAAAGCUUGUAACUCUAUCAAAAAAAGAAGUGAGAUUCCUCUGGAAUGUCUUGUUUUUGAGAAACCUAUGGUGGGUCUUAGUAAUCACAGCACCCUUUUCUAAGCGCUCACAGACUGACUGUUGAAUUCUCUGUUCUUGGACAUUUCCUGGUAUCGAUGUCAAGCUCACCGGUCGGUAGCUACCUGGAUCUUCUCCCCUCCCCUCCCCCCCGCCACCCCCUUCAAAGAGCCCAGUCCUUUCAGCAGCUGUUUGAUUGCAGCCCAUUGGCAUAUGUCAGCCCAGGAGCGCCUCUUGAUUAAUGCCAAUUGUCCAAGCUAUGGAGGAACCAGCCACAAAUUAUGCCAGAGAUGGAGGCUUAUCCUUGGUAGGGACACGCUCCCAGGUCGCACCCGCUCUGACUUUCAGGUUGGCAGACACGGGCUUGAGCAGCACAGUGGGAUGCAGUGAGCUCUGCAGACCCCACUGGGGAACAUUACCAGGAUUUUUGCCGCAUAAAUCCUGGCUUUCCCCCACCUCAACCUCCUCGCUUCUCGCAGAGGGCAGUGAGGAGCGACCACCAUUGACUCAUGACAAAGCCAGAAAUCCAUUUAUUACUAUUUUUAACCUCUCUGGCAAGUCUGAGCUCAUUCUGAGCUUUAGCCAGCCUGACCUUCACUCUGCAACUGUUGGCUACUCGUGUGUUGGUUCCUCCUUUGUGAUUUCCCAUUUCACCCAUUUUUUUAAAAAUGCGCCUUUCUUAAAUCCCAGCUCACCUGUAAGCUCCUUAUGCAGACACAUCUGUUUCUUUAUAUGCCUCCUAUUUUUCUUUCCUGUUGAAAAUGUCUGCUUUGGGGCCUUCAAUAUUUCACCUUUAAGAAGCUCCCAUCCAUCUUGGACUCCCUUCUCUUUUAAUAUUUCUGACCAUGGGAUCUCAUCCACUAGCUCCUUGAGCUUUUUGAAAUUGGCCUCCUUAAAAUCCAGAGUUCAUGUCCAACUACAUUCAUCUUCCUCCAAACUUUCCAAGUACUUCCACUUUGUCAAUUAGUUAUUCCCUGUUGGUGAGGACCAGGUCCAAUAGAGAAGAUCCCCUUGUUGCUUCUUCCACCUCCUGGGAAGUCUGUGUUCCAACAGAUAUUGGGGUAGUUGGCGUCUCCCAUGACUACUAUAUCUUUCCUUUUUAAAAAAAUAUGUUUGGUAAUCUGCUCUAGGAAGGCAUCAUCCAGGCCUUCAGUCUGGCUUGGUGAUCUAGAAAUAAAAUCAAGAGGGUUGCUAUCUCUGUUAUUCCUGACUGCUAUUGGCCUCUUGAACUGAAUGACUGUCUCUCUUCCUCACUCCACAGUCUACAUCUUGAGCUCUUGCUUCCUGUUUGCUCCUGUGAUGACGGCAGCAGCAACAACAACCGUGGCUGUCGUUCCUCCUGCCACCACAGCUGGGGCUCCUGCAACGACAGCUGGUGCUCCACCUACAACGGCUGCUGCUCCACCUGCAACAACUGGGGCUCCUCCUGUAGUGACCUCUAAGGCUACUCUUCCACCACCUCCACCACCACCACCUCCAGUGACACCUAAGGCUACUCUUCCACCACCUCCACCUCCUCCUCCUCCACCACCACCACCACCUCCACCACCUCCAGUGACACCUAAGGCUACUCUUCCACCACCUCCACCUCCACCUCCUCCACCUCCUCCUCCACCUCCUCCUCCACCUCCUCCUCCUCCAGUGACACCUAAGGCUACUGUUCCACCACCACCUCCACCUCCUCCUCCUCCACCUCCUCCUCCACCUCCUCCUCCUCCAGUGACACCUAAGGCUACUGUUGCACCUCCUCCUCCUCCUCCUCCUCCUCCUCCACCACCACCACCUCCACCUCCACCUCCUCCACCACCACCACCUCCUGCAGCAACAACAAAGGUUCCUACCGUUCCUCCUGGGUCACAAACUACGGGUGCCACAGUUACUGGUUCGGGAACCAUGCAAACUAUGCAAACUGAGGGUCCUGAUUUUCCUGGGGGGCCUGAUGAACCCGAGAGUCCUGGUGGUGAAAUUACUAUCGAUUUGGAACCAGUUACUCCAGAGAUAGGAAAGGACGUCACCCUAAUCCCAAAAGGGAUAGGCAGCUACGCCUCCUGCACUUGGUUUCGAGGGAGUAAGGCAAAGUCUAAGCAAAUCUUGACCUACAUACCACCACCCAAUUCCUCACUGGAGUACCAUUUUGCCUAUACUGGCAGGGAAUCUGUAAAUGCAGAAUGUGCCCUCCACAUAAUGAAGCUAACUCCUGAAGAUGCCAGCUUAUACCUGCUGCAGGUGGAAGUACAAGGAGUUGGUGGUAAAGAAAUGAAAGAGGGAGAAAAAACUGUGGUGUUCAAAGGUAACAUUUUACAUCCUAUAGAACCUUAGCCUAGGUCUGGGGGGCAGGGAAUCAAACCACUAAUUGUUUUAUUUUGGUUCAAAUUGGCACUAGUUUUGGUUUUGCCGGUGCUCUUCUGCUGAGCUGCAGCCCCUUUCUGGCACACCAAACUACCGUUGAGAUGCGAGACAGUGUGUCCCCCCAGACACAUUGUUGCUUGAGUCAGCAAGACAAGUGUCUGUUCCACCAUCACCCCUCCAAAUCAAGAUGCACAGCAAAUUGUUUUAGCACCUGAGGCAGAAAAUCCCACAAAUGCCUCUCCUUCUCCCAAGCAUGGAUCAUAAUAAACUCAAUAACUGUGAUAAGGAAAUACGUUAGCAAAUUAAAUACCGACUUGAUGCCCUUCUGUGACCCCUAGAAUCUGCUGCCUGAGGUAUCUGCCUCACGGCCAAACGGUAGGACUAGCCUUCAUGCAGAGUUGAGCAUCCACUAGAGAUCUUAGUAGGACCGUGGCCGCUGAGGCUUUGCCAAUAAAGAGGAAUUGCAGCCUGAAAAAGGAGGAUACAAGAGAGACGUGUGUGUGUGUGUGUGUGUGUGUCAUAUUUUUCGCUCCAUAAGAUGCACCUGAUCAUAAGACGCACCUAGUUUUUAGAGGAGGAAAACAAGAAAAAAAAUAUAUUCUGAACGAAACAAAACAGUGGAUGCAUGAUUUUUGUGGUUCAUGCUGUGGCCACAGAUGUGUGAUCUGAUGGUGAAUUUGGCAUGACCCAAUGCAAAAAUCCUGAGGAUCCAUGUGGAUCCAUGCUUUGUAACCACGUUUUUGCGCCAUUGUGGCCCCACGCAACAGAGGGUGUGUGAUUUUUUUGGUGCAGGCUGUAGCCAUGGAAAUGCUAUGUGAUCUGAUGGUGAAUUUGGGGUGAAUUUGGGGUGACCCAAUGUAAAAAUCCUGAGGAUCCAUGGGCUUUUACCUCCCCCCUCCCAAGCAGCCUUUGCUAGUGUCCCUUAUCUCUCUUCCGAUCCCACCGAUCAGCUGUUUCCUUUCAUCACUCCCUUCCCUCUUGUUUGCCUUAGUGUCUUUUCCUUAGCUGGAGCAGUUUUUUGCUCCUCCUUUUCUUCUAAUUUCUUUCCUUAUUGCUUUAGUUUUCCUGUUUCCCCCCUUUGCAAGUUUGCUGUCUUUACCUUCCCCGCUCCCAGGCAGCCUUCUUUAUCUCUAGCAUCCCUUAUCUCUCUCCCCUAUCGGCAAAUGAUCAGCGGCUUUGUUUAAACACCCACUUCCCACUUUCAAAAAAAGAGAGCAUGAUCUGCUUUUUGCCCCUGGGCAAUUCUGCUCCAGGGACCACGCAUUCCCUCCAUAAGACGCAUAGACAUUUCCCCUUACUUUUUAGGAAGAAAGAAGUGCAUCUUAUGGAGUGAAAAAUACGGUACUUCACUGGUACAGAUAAAUAGUAAUACACUUGAGAUUCCUGCAUUGCAGGGGGUUGGAUUAGAUGACCCUUCCAACUCUACAAUUCUACGCUACCCCUCACCAUAGUCACCUGCGUGAGAGCCAGUGUGGUGUAGUGGUUAAGAGCGGUAGACUUGUAAUCUGGUGAACCGGGUUCGCGUCUCCGCUCCUCCACAUGCAGCUGCUGGGUGACCUUGGGCCAGUCACACUUCUCUGAAGUCUAUCAGCCCCAUACACCUCACAGAGUGUUUGUUGUGGGGGAGGAAGGGAAAGGAGAAUGUUAGCCGCUUUGAGACUCCUUCGGGUAGUGAUAAAGCGGGAUAUCAAAUCCAAACUCUUUUCUUCUUCUUCUUCUUCUUCUUCUUCUUCUUCUUCUUCUUCUUCUUCUUCUUCUUCGCAGUCUGCUGUCUAGGAGCUCACUGUGUUGAUGAGUAAUUUCCAAGCCCCUCUGAUCUAUCUCCUUAGACCACAUCAGCAAGGCCACAUCAGGAGUCCUGUCACCUGGGCAGCCCAGAACCUCCAUACAUGCUGCCCAGGAAGUCACUUUGGCUCUGCUACUGCAGCGGUUUGGCUUCACCCACGGAGGCACACUCCAUUGUCUCUCGAGACAGACGGAUGCCAGCCAACAACUCUCCCACCCCUACCUUCCAAUGGUGGCAAGGAUAAGGAAGGCCACUACCUGAGACAAGCUGGAGUAAGGAGGCAUUGGGAGCUAUUUUCCUAGUUCUCACAUGCCUUUUGGGUUUUUUUUAGAGGCUAAACCUCCAGGAGAGAACGGAGACGACGCGGCAAAAGCCAAAGGCCUUCCUCUGGGGAUCAUUGCAGCGAUUGCUAUUGGAAGUCUUUUUGGGAUCAUCUUAGCUGGAGGCCUGAUAACUUACCAAGUCAAAAGGAGCAAAGCGUAAUUAUAUUUAUCAUUUGUUGUUUAGUUUAUUUACUUCUUUAGAAGGCAUUUUGCUUUAAUCUUUCAUCAAAGUGAAAGAUUGUAACAAAAAGACUUGCGUGCUACCUUGUAUACACUGAAGGGGAGGUGGGUUCACACAUUACAUUCAAGGAGUGCACAGUCUGUGGACCUGGGGCACAAAUAGUUGUAUUCAGGUAUUCGCACGUAGCAUUCAAUGAGUUUACAGUCUAUGUAGUUGGUGACCCAGCAGCUGAGCUGAGGUGUUCCUGGGUAUGAGAAAUCUGUACCUGUGUUCAGCUACUACUUGUAAGAAAGAGACUUGGAAGCACAGCUCCAUGCUGUGCACUGGGGGAGGGCAGGGCUAGCUGCCCAGGGGAUGCGCCGGCGAGCAUCCCAGUGGGGCGCCACCCACAGCAGUGCCACCCCCCCUCAGGGAUGACUCCCCCCGGGGUGGGCAGCACCCACCGCACCCCCCUUUCUCCACCAGUGCUUGGAAGCACCUCUGAACCGUCAGGUGUAGGAUUGAACUAUAAGACAGCAAGAGUGAGGGGGAGAGGAGAGCAACUAGCUGUAAUUUUAAUUAGCUGUCAUUUUAUACUCCUUGGUCUAGGUUUGGAUCUGUAAGGACACAACAGGCCAACGACUGGCAGAAAACAGGGACUAUCUCUGUUGAAUGGGAAAGCCACUUCCGCCCUCCAGAGGAGGUGGGGUUGGGGGCUUCACUCUCCCACCACACGUGCAGUGGCUGGAGCCAACCUUAAAGGGCGGGAGGGUGGGAAACAGGAGCAGCUGGAGGCGGCAAAAGAGGGGAAUCCCUGGCCGCGUCACCCCCUGGCUAGCCAAUCGGCUGGCUCUGGGGGCGUGGCCUGACCUAUUUAAAGGGGGCACGGCCGGGGAUCUCCCUCUUUGCCGCCUGCCAGCAGUUCCUACUUUUCCCACCCUCUCGCCCUUUAAGGUUUUCGUUCCUUGACCUUGCUAUGGACCUCGGUUGGUCGCCGUUGAGGGGCCUGGUAGGAAUUUUUCCACUUGGCAAAUUGGCACCAGCCACUUGGUUUUCGCUGACCUCGUAGCAAAUCGUCACAACUUUCUCGGUAUUGGCGGUUAGGCAUUGGUAUUGGUAUUGCUAUGUAGAUGGAAGAGGGGAGGAAGCGCCAUCACCUGACCCACAUAUUGAAGGGUAGUCCGAUAAAGGAUUCCGGGGGGCGUGGCCCUGUCCGAAGCCUAUGGAGGUGAGGGCCUAAGGCACGCCCCCGAGCGGUGACCCCAGGGGAGUUCCUAGUUGAUGUGCAUCAGCAGGACUCCCCCUACUGGUGGCUAACCCUUUCCAGACUUGCUGAAGCCGGAUAUAGUUGGUUAGGACCAAUGCCUAAGCCAAUACCGCUCACCACCUGUAACCAAUAAUGUUGUGGCCUUAUUUUGCCCAUUAACCUUAAAAAUUGUGUUAUGAGUCUUUUUUUCCACUGGGGGGGGCAGGAACUCGCCACGCAACAGUUGGGGAGGAAGUAAAUAAGCUGCUAUCUCUGGCAUGGUCACAAGGGGCCAAAGCAUGCUUCUCACUUCUGAACUUUUUGCUCUCUUUUUCCCCCUGUUUCCUUAGUGCGCCACCAGUUGCAGAGGCACCACCACCGGUACCCAGCCAGUCCCAACCACUGUAAGUGCCAGGGUGUCAGGAUGGGGUGUGAAUGAAGCUUGAACCUCCCAUUUUCAGCUCAUGCGUGUCACAGUGGGAAAACCACAGGCAGGACUUGAGCAGAAGAGCACUUCUCCACUCCUGUGCUUUCCAGCAACCGGUCUUCAGACCAGUUGUUGCCUCCUACUGUGGAGGCAGAACAUAGCUAGUAGUAGCCUUCCCCCCAAUUAAUUUGUCCAAUCCUCUUUUGAAGCCACCUAAGUCAAUAGUCAUGGGACGCGGGUGGCGCUGUGGGUUAAACCACAGAGCCUAGGACUUGCCGAUCAGAAGGUCAGCGGUUCGAAUCCCCACGACGGGGUGAGCUCCCGUUGUUUGGUUCCUGCUCCUGCCCACCUAGCAGUUCGAAAGCACACAGUGCAAGUAGAUAAAUAGGUACCGCUCCGGCGGGAAAGUAAACGGCGUUUCCGUGCGCUGCUCUGGUUCACCAGAAGUGGCUUAGUCAUGCUGGCCACACGACCUGGAAGCUGUACGCCGGCUCCCUCGGCCAAUAAAGCGCAAUGAGUGCCGCAACACCAGAGUCGGUCACUACUGGCCUAAUGGUCAGGGGUCCCUUUACCUUUAAGUCAAUAGUCAUCCCUGCCUACUGUAGGUGUGAGUUCCAUAGUUCAACAAUGCACUGCCUGAAGAAGGAAUUUAUUUUAUCUGUUCUGAAUCUUCUAACAUUCUAGAGGGGUUUUUUUUGGCAGGGGGAGGUUUUCUCUAUACACUUUCUCCCAGGUCGUGCAUAAUUUUUUAUAAACUUCUAUCAUGGCACACUUCUUACUUGCCUUCUGUUGGAGGACAGAGCUGUGUCUGUCACGCAGACUAUCCUGAACCCCAUAACUAACCUGCUGGUAUCAUGUGUCAUGAAGGACACUAUUGAUUGGCCAAUGUUUCACCUUCCCUUUCUAGUUGGUUUCUGUGCAUGGAAUGGUGUUGGGAGCAUAACCUCUUCCUCCUCCUCAGGCAGCAAAAUGCCUUGUGCUGGCCCUGGACCAAAGGGAAUGAAGAGGAUUUGCAUAGAAUGGGCACGUGCUGUGCUAUACAGUGGUACCUUGGUUCUCAAACUUAAUCCAUUCCAGAAGUCCAUUCCAAAACCAAAACAUUCCAAAACCAAGGCGCACUUUCCCAUAGAAAGUAAUGCAAAAACUAUUAAUCCAUUCCUGAUUGUUGAAAAACUACCCCUAAAACGCUUCUCCCCUCCACUCCAUCAGCGCUGUCUUUUGAGAUCUCUCCCUCUUUCUCAUGUUAAAACAGCUGGGCUUCAGAGCUGCCAUGACGCUUCUCUGCACUGCCCUAAUCAGUGUGAUCUUUUGAGAUCUCUCUCUCUCAUGUCAAAGCAGCUGGGCUGCAGAGCACUGCAAGAACACUUCUCCCCCACCUCCCGAAUCAGCGCGAUCUCUCGCACUGGUCUGCACAUAGGUAGGAUGCUAAUUAGCAGCACAACACUAAAAACAGAAGUGGAACUCUUUGAUUAAAAUGGUAGGACGCUAAUAAGCAGUGCAACUCAAAGCAAAGCACAUUCGACUCCCCCCCCCAAAAAAAGAGAACCGGAAUGCUCAUUUCUGGGUUUGCUACACUCGGGUUCCAAGUUUUUCGUGAACUAGGCUGUUUGAGAACCAAGGUACCACUGUAUGUAUAGAUGCACCAUUAAAGAGAGCUACCAUAAUUUUAAUUGCAAUGCAGUGUCUCCAUACUAAUUUCAUGACCAGGCAUACUGUUCAGGUCAUAACUGUGGGCGAGCAAAUGCAAUAUCCCCCAUCUCCCUUACUGUGUCCUUAAACCAAGCCACGUAUAUGCACGCCCACCAUGCAUUUAAAGCACUAUGAUGCCACUUCAAGCAGUCAUGGCUUCCCCCAUAGAACCUGUAGACACCUCUUUUUCUAGGGAAAAAUGCACUGACUGUAUUCAGAGCGAAUUCGAUAACCAAGAUCUAUGGCUUGGCUAUUAUUAAUCCCCAUACAAUUAUCUCUGCCGGCUUAGCUGUCGACAGUAGAUGUUCAGUCCGCCACGUUCCUUGCCGGGAGUGCCGGUUGCCAGGGAACAACAGCUAGGGUCUCUUUGUUUCCUUAGGAAUAAAGAAGGCCAGAAGGCUCGGGAGAAAAAGGGGGGCGAGAAGAAAAAAGGUCCAAAGAAAGGAGCACCCAAAGCCCAGAAGUAAGUACCUGCCAGCCCUACAUGGGAGGACCACAGCAGUAGAUCUGUGUGGCGCCCGCUCUUUUGCACCGCUCAUCCGCAAAAACAUAGGAAGCUGCCUUAUGCAGAGUGAAGACAUUGACGUUUAGAAGACAUCUGAAGGCAGCCCUGUUUAGGGAAAUUUUUAAUGACUGAUGUUUUAAUUUACUUUUAAUCUUUUGUUGGAAGCCACCCAGAGAGACUGGGGAAACCCAGCCAGAUGGGCAGGGUAUAAAUAAUAAGUUGUUGUUGUUGUUGUUGUUGUUGUUAUCCAGCUCAGCAGCAUCUACAUUCGCAGGACUUAAGGAUUCCAGAUCGGGUGGUUGCCUAAGAGGUUCUUUUCAGGACUCUGGUUCAUCUAGCCAAAAUCAACAAACCCCUAUCUCCCAACUUUGUUGGAGAGGCUGUGGGAACUUUGGAACAUACUUUCAUGCAAAAUUGUUUAUUUUGGACCAGGGUCUUGGAUAUUAUCUCCAAAAUGGUUAAACACCCUCUCUUGCCAAACCCAGCCUUAGCCCUGACUUCACUAAACCCUACUCCAGUGUGGUGCAGUGGUUAAGAGCGGUAGACUUGUAAUCUGGUGAGCCGGGUUCGCGUCUUCGCUCCUCCACAUGCAGCUGCUGGGUGACCUUGGGCCAGUCACACUUCUCUGAAGUCUCUCAGCCCCACUCACCUCACAGAGUGUUUGUUGUGGGGGAGGAAGGGAAAGGAGAAUGUUAGCCGCUUUGAGACUCCUUAGGGUAGUGACAAAGCAGGAUAUCAAAUCCAAACUCUUCUCUUCUUCUACUAUCCAGCAUAAUGAUUUAAUUCUUGUGAUGGUGUUCCGUUGCACCAGAAGCGAUUUAGUCAUGCUGGCGACAUGACCCAGAAAGCUGUCUGCAGACAAACGCCGGAUCCCUCGGCCUGAAAGUGGAGUUGAGUGCCACACCCCAUAGUUGAAUCCAAUUGGACUUAACUGUCCAGAGGUCCUUUACUUUUGCCUUACCUUAUUUCUGCUCUCCAUCCUCUGAUUCUAGACUGAUUCUCUUCCAGGUAAAAGCAAAAAGAGUAAGAGAGAGAUCGUCAGGGUCAACCAUUUUGUCAGCCUUCCAGUCUGGAACAGCGUUGACCAUUUCCCCCACUCAGCAAAGAAGAGAAGCUCGGCUUGAAAUAUCUACUUGAAAUCUACUUGAAAAAUCACGAUGAAAUGAUUUAAGGCCCUUGUGAUUCAUCCACAGCCCCUGGGGCAAAUAGAACAUUAUGUCUCAUGAGGCAAUAAAAGCCUCCAAUGCCCA